AUGGCCUCGAACGACGCGCAUGAUGACUACAUGCGAUCAAUCUUAGCAGAGAAUGAUGUUCAACGACCACUGGCUCCUCAACCUGACUACAGCCUUGGCGUGGAGAUAGCGGUCCUAAGAAACGGCUCUUUCGGCAUAGGCGGCUACGGGUUUCGCCCAAUCAACGAGCUGGGAUCCAUGAUUGCAGAUACACAUCUUGUAUUCCUGGGUACGAACGCGAUCGUUUUCGAAAGAGAAACAUUCGAUCCGUGGUAUCACGCUACCAGGCCGGCCUGGGAUAUGACGAUUGGAGCCGGCAUGCCAUCAGCGACCAUGUAUGCAGCAGAUGACCCGGCGCCUCCAUUGGCAUGCCUGGUCCAAUAUCGAAUUUGCAACCCAAAUUUGCCCAAAGAAAAGUCUUGCAGUGCACCUAUGGGCAUAUUUGGAGCCGGAGAUGAGGCACACAAAGUCUUGACCUACCACGAAGAACAUAACGCAAUCCAGUGGCUGCAGCAUUAUUUCUACGCCUUCUCUCAACCUCGAGACAUUGUCUUCGGGUUAGGCAGCCACUCUCUGCAAUCAAGAAAUAGGCUCCAAGCAGGAUACCAAGGUGACCUGCCAGUGGAUCAAUGGGAAAACGAUGUCGAACAUUGGUUUAACAUUGCAUCGGCAUCUCUUCAGUACUUUCCAGUACUCACCGCGACAGGCUAUCUUCCCAACCUGAAUGAAGAGGCCAUUCUUCGUCCGAGUUCAACCUCAGAGCUGGAAAUAUGCCAGAACCAGAAAAUCAAGAGCACGGCUUUCGUCUCUUUUAGCGUUCUUUGGAUAUCACUUGUGUUUGCAGUCGGCCUGCUCCUGAUCAUCCUCUCCUUAUCCCUCGAGUCUCUAUGUCGCCUCAUCCAAAGGCGGGCCAGCAACAUUCGGUAUCCGCUCGCUGAGUGGAACAGCAAUAGCUGUCUUCAAUUGCAAAGACUGGCCUUCGAAGAGCUUGGUAUAGGCCAGUGGGAGGGAUGCGAUCAAAACGUCCCAUUCACCGAAGAGCAAAUAGACGUUGAGCCUUUGGAUCUCUCAGAGCCAAAACACCCAAGACUUUCGAAACCACCAGAAUUGUCAGAUGGCACUCCAAACAUUGAAGACUAA